CUCUCUCUCUCUCUCACACACACAUACACACAGUGGAACAGCAUCAGAGCUGGAGCUACCCAUCUCUCCCUCCCUCUCCCGUUUCUCUCUCUUUCCCUCUGCCUCUCUCACAACGAAAGGAGAAGAAGACUAUUGGACUUGGAAAUACACAUGAAAAACCGGCUGUGAUCUGAGUCUCACAGUGUCACGCUGGACUGCUGCUCUAAAACAUGGGUCCCAGCCAUGAGGUGAAUACCUGCUGCCGCUCAAUACAGUAUGUGAGGGGGCUCACUCCCGCGGAUGGAAAUUGACAUGAGGAGCGACAGUGAUUGAGGAUAACAAUGAUGGAAGACAGAGUGAUCCAGCCCAAGCCAGAGUAUUCCUCCUCAACCCUUCCUUCGCUUCACCGUCCUGCCAUCUGAAGGAUACAUUGACCUUCACACAUCCAGCUUGCCUGACAAACUGGAGCAGGGUACAUUGAAAGGUUCUCUCUGCCAAGGACGUAACGACUACAACAGGGCCAAAGCUUUGGGGACCAGGUGACAGCAGAAAUCUGCUCUGUCUGGCCACGGUAACAAAUGAGCCUUUAUUUGUGAAGUUAACAGUGCUAACAUCAGACUCCAUAAGGACCAAUUACUAUCUGAAGGGAAUAGUGGGCCAAGAUGAAGGAGACUGCGUUUGUGGCUUGUUUGUUAGCGGAGCUAGCUCUGACUGCCUUUGUUCUGGCCUCAGAGGGGGGCACUGCUCAUUGCCCUGCAUUGUGCCGGUGUGAGAUACGACCCUGGUUCUCUCCCAGCUCUAUUUAUACAGAGGCUCCCACGGUGGACUGUAAUGAUUUAGGCCUAUCGACACUGCCAGAGAAACUGCCCUCAGACACACAGGUGCUAUUGUUACAGACCAACAAUAUCAUCACCAUCGAGAAAUCUUUGGAUUACCUGGCUAAUGUCACAGAUAUAGACUUAUCCCAGAAUAACAUAUCCUCUGUGAGCGAUGUCCAUCUGGGUCCUCUUCCCCAUCUGCUGUCACUGCACAUGGAAGAGAACUGGGUUCCGGCCUUAUCAGAUAGCUGUCUCCCGUCCCUGCCCAACCUCCAGGAGUUCUACAUCAACCACAACCUGAUCUCCUCCAUCAGUCCUGGGGCCUUCCAGGGGCUGGGGAGGCUCCUGCGGCUCCAUCUCAACUCCAACCGUCUAAGGGGCAUCAGCAGGGAGUGGUUCCAGCCGCUACCCCGCCUGGAGAUCCUGAUGAUUGGGGAGAACCCCAUCGUCCAAUUGUCAGACAUGAACUUUAAGCCCCUGGUCAACCUACGCAGCUUGGUUCUGGCCAGGAUGAAUAUGUCUGAAAUCCCGGACAACACUCUGGUCGGCCUCGACAAUCUGGAGAGCAUCUCGUUUUUCGACAACCUGUUUGUCAGAGUCCCCCGGGCUGCUCUGAAGAAAGCCAAGAACCUGAAGUUUCUGGAUCUCAACAAGAACCCCAUUGAGCGGAUUCAGAGAGGGGAUUUUGUGGACAUGUUCCAUCUCAAAGAGCUGGGCAUCAACAGCAUGCCUGCACUUGUGUCCAUUGACAGCUUCGCCCUGAACAACCUCCCAGAGCUGACCAAGAUAGAGGCCACCAACAACCCAAAGCUGUCCUACAUCCAUCCCAACGCCUUCCACAAGCUGCCGAGACUUGAGACGCUGAUGCUGAACAGCAACGCCCUCAGCGCUCUGCACCGCGGAACUGUGGACUCCCUGCCCAACCUGCGCGAGGUAAGCAUGCACAGCAACCCCAUCCGCUGUGACUGCGUCAUCCGCUGGAUCAACAUGAAUCAGACUGGAGUACGCUUCAUGGAACCCAAUUCCCUCCUCUGCGUGGAGCCGCCUGAGUACCAGGGCCAGCACGUCCGUCAGGUUCACUUCCGGGAGAUGACCGAGAUCUGCCUCCCACUCAUCUCGCCUGGGAGCCUUCCAGAUCGAGUCACGGUCGGGAGAGGGAACUUGGUGACGCUGCACUGCCGGGCAUUUGGAGAGCCGGAGCCAGAGAUCUACUGGGUCACCCCCUCUGGGGACAGAGUCCUGCCCAACAGUGUGUCUGAUAAGCACUACAUGCAUCCAGAGGGGACCUUUGAGAUCUAUGACAUUACAAAGCGUGAGGCAGGACUGUACACCUGUGUCGCUCACAAUCUUGUUGGCGCAGACCUUAAGUCUGUGUUGGUGGUGGUUGACAGAUACUUUCCACAUCCUUCUGUUAACGCUUUACAUAUAUACGUUAGAUCAGUGCAGCCCAACUCUAUUUCAGUGUCUUGGGAGAAUACUCACGGUGGUCUUGUAUCCAAUAUAAAGUGGUUCACAGUGGCAAAUGCUAAGCACCCCUCCAUGGCACACACUGCGAGAGUACCAUCCGAUGUGAAGGAGUACCGUCUCACCCACCUGAACCCCUCCACCCAGUACCAGGUUUGUGUGGAAGUCAUGAGCAUGCAACUCGGACACAACAGGGACUGUGUCAAUGUCACCACAAAGGGACUGGCUCACCCCGUAGAGAGCAGGGCAACGUGGAACACAGUGGUGAUGGCUGCCUGUGCUGUGCUAUUCAUUGUGGUCGCUGCGGCUUGCUCUCUCAUAUACACAUCUCUGCAAAGCCAACACUUUUACAGGAAGUUGAUGGUGGACCAAUCUCAGUCAUUGCUCAGUCCUAGCACCCGCCCCGGCUCCGCCUCUUCUCUCACGGAACUCUGUGUGGCUGGAGUCAAGGUGAGGGCGACAGUGAUAGACUUGCCAGAAAACUCCAUGUAAUGUAAGAAACGUCCUUGAGAAGGAAAAUUAAUGUUCUGGAUUUUAAACAAGGUGAAAUAGUGAUGGACACAGAACUAUGUUGAUUCGUGCCCCCUCAUUUCAUGACAAUGACAGGACACCGCAUUCUGAAACUCCUGGAACACGAUGGAAUCAGUAGCCGGAGCCCUCACGCUUAAAUAUUUAACCAGCUAAACUCUGACCCAUAGACUAUUUUAUACAACAAAUUUGUGUCGUUGCGGAAAAAACUUUCACAGACCGGUAUCUAGAUUGUGAUAUACGUGGCUACUGGUCUGUCAUUCAUGAAGUGCAACUGGAAUAAAGCAGAGCACAAAGACUGUUGUCUCUCUCUGUUAUGGCUUUGUGCUUUAUAACGCCUUGUGGAGAUGUCUUUGUGGUCCACAAUGAGGAAUAUUUCCUGUGCUGUUUAAUCAACACUCAAGGAUCAUCAUUAAGAAAUACCGCUCAUAUACAGUUUAUAAUGGAAAAACGUGUUAGAUUAGUAGACAAUAACAGUGUAUAUGAUGUAAACAAUUUUAUGAUCACGUUUUUCAUUAAAAACAGUACAUUGUAAUUGUAAUUAUGAAAGACCCAACUUCAAGGAUGAUUUGCUUAGGACAAUCUGAAUACGAUAUUGGGAUACUCUGAAAGUAAACAAUCUAAGCUCCCUUCAACAAUAACAUUCAGUUGUCCAUGAAAUGGAAAAUGUUAUAAUUCAUAAAUAUGAGUCCCAUAAAUCUUUCCAUGUCACGGUCUAAACAUUGCAAGAGGAAAACAGAGUGAUGUAGACAAACACAAUUACUGGGACUGCCCUUGAAGGCGGACAUUUUAACAUUGUUACCAAAAUGCAAUCUCAGGCAGGAGGACGUGUUUUGUCAAUGACCUGGGAGUAGGAGUGUGUGUGUGUAUACACACUGUACUGUACUGUGUGUGUGUGUGUGUGUAUACACACACUGUACUCUGUGUGUGUGUGUGCGCGGCAUCAGAAAAACCCAUUGACUUUGAACUGCAUUAUAUUCUCUUUCAUUAAAAAUCCAAUAUGGAUUCCUAACACAAACCUCACAGAGGUGAUGAAUAGGCGACACAUGCGGACUGAUGGGGGGCAUUUAUCAGAGGGACUCCACCAUAUAUCAACUGAGUUUCAGCACCUUGGACAGGGCUUUUAGAGUGGUGCCAUUUGUCAACGCCACAGGACCUAAAAUAUGACCCAUUAGAGCGCAGGUAGUGAAUAGGUCAGCAAGAAACUUGGAGGCUGCUAGCCCCUGAGCGCAGUGCAGUGCUCCCCUUCCCUCCAUGACCCUGGUGAAACACGGACGCCAUUACAAGAACAGCUCAGCAACUCUCUAGCUAAUUUGCUAAGCACUUCACAUUGAACCGACCCACCGAGAGGGGAAGGAGACAAAUGGAGUGCAAAAUUAGGACAAAGUGCCUACUAGGGCCAGUAGUGGUGCGUGGGUAAAAUCACUGGGGAAGCCAAGCCAGAAAAAAAGCCAUAAUGCAACCAAUGUUGUGAUAAUUGUGUUGUUUUCUCUAUAACCUGUUAGGCCUAUAUAUCACGGUCGCAAGGCAUAUGAACUAAAGCCAAGACAAUAAGACAAAAUGGCAGAAUAAAUUCAACCACACCUUUCUUUAAUCACAAAACUGGAGAGCAACCUCUGUCCGGUGAAGUACACAAAGCAUACUGCAUGUAACAAACAUUUACAUGACCUACUGCAUGGUCAAGCAAGUUAAUGUUUCAGACAUUUUCGGACCACUAAACAAACAACUAUUGACUUAGAACCACAGAGUUUUACCGCAAAUCGCAACGAAACCCGGAGCUGCCUCCGCUAUUCCAGCACCAUUUUAAUUAUCAAAUCACCUACGCUUAGUCAAAUACAGUGACAACUAAACGAUACCAAAAACAAUUUGGUCCAAUCAACAUAAGCGAAAUAUGAUGUGGCUGUCCAUGGUUUUUUAUUUCUGCGUGUGUGCACAUGUUCAUGCAAGUAGAAAAAACAUGUCGACUCAGUGUAGAGAAACGCCAACGCCAGCGCUAUCUCUUUGAUUUGAUUUUUUCAUGUUGAAGAAACCAUCUAUCACUCAUACAGUACACGCUUUCAUUUGUUGUCCUAGGCUAGCAUUCUAAAAAGCUUGCUUGCUAGCCUAACUUCCCUUCAUGGGCAACAUUAGCUAGUUAACAUUAGCCUUCUACAUCUAGCUACAUAUUGAACUUCCAUCCUCUCAGGCCAGGGGCACAACAAUGUAUAAAUGAAUGGUUGGGUCAGAAUUGCCGUUAUAAUCAUUGGCCAGUACGGAGAAUUAAGUAAAACCCCAAGUCCAAAUCCCUGUCUCCUUCCCUGGCUGAUAUAGGAAAGGGAUCAUUUUAGCUAACUAGCUAACGGAGCACAUCAACACAACGAGAUGCAUAACAAGUUUCUGUCAGUUACGUAUAUUCUUGAUGCGAUGUGAUCGGAGUGAAGCCAAAUCCAUACUGGCUUCUCUUGACAAUUUUGUUUGGUGUUCCAGAACCAUUCACAGUUUAGCUGAUUGGCUAUUAUUUUUUUUAUCAAGGGAGGCCAACUGCUUGCUGGCUUCUCUUGCAUACAAUGCUACGGGCGGCAAUAAUGUCAUUAUUUUGGACCUGACAGCAUCAGAUAGAUGGCCUAGACAUACAUAGACAGAAGGGCGCUGUUUCGCUCGCUUGGAUACCUUCUCUAGUGAGAUACAUUCAGCGAAGUAAAGGAAAAUUAUGAAACACAGAGAGAAAAAAUAUUUUUUCUUGGUCCAUUUGUUUUGUGGAAGCCGUUGGCAUCCAAGAUUUAAAAAAUAAAAUAA